AUGUCGAGUAGAGAGAAACCACGCGAAAUACAGAAAAAGAAUGCACAAGACCUCCUAGAGGCACAGGACUGUGUUGCCUGUCGGAUAUUCGGUUCAACAGCAUGUCUGGCUAUGGCCGGAUACACAGCUUACUGGAGCUAUAGGCAACAAGCUCAAUAUAAAGGACCAACCCGAAUGAUCUAUUUGGCUUCGUGCAUCGGCCUUGCCUCUGGUUAG